CAACGCAUAAUUCGUACCAACUGCGCCUCACAUAUAGCUCUACUGAACAUCUGCUGCUAAUUUUCGCGCAAAAAACAAUAGUUGGCAUUUUCUUGUUCUACUGAAAUUAUCUUUUCGAUCUCUGCUGCUGUUGCGCUGCUUGUCAUACUGGAUAUAAAUAAUAAGCAAUAUUUUCCACGUGUAGCUGUAGAAUGUAAUUGCAAAAGCAUUUUUACCGACACGCACAGCUCGUGCUUCAAACUCUUCACUCGUAGCAGCAAUUGCCAAUUCUGCAUAUAUAGUUGAGUCAUCGCGAGGAAAAUAAAAUAGUGUUUUUGGUGCGCGUUUUAAAUUUUUUCUUUUCAACGUAUUACGAUACGGCACGUAGCUCAACGAGACGGGAAAACUUUUGAAAUUUUAAGAAAAUGAAAUACACGUGUAUAAUUAGGCGGCAUGAAUGAUGUAAUUGAAUUUCCUUCUGAAACUUAGGAUGAGUCUGCGCGCGAUGCAUUGAUCCGAGUCAAUUAGACUGCAAUAUUACGUUUCAUCGAAUAAUGAAUUCUGUAGCUUGACUCAGCCGUCAGCAGUAAUCGCGAGCUAUUUAACUGCUAAUACCAUGCACGUGUCGACGGUUUAUCCCGAGGAAUACCCGCCGACUAACGAAAACAACGAGCCAACUGCCCAACUCAGUCCCGAGCAUCGAGAUAAUCCCGAGGAAGCCAACGCCGGUACGAUAACCCGCACAAAGGACUAUAUAGGCAUCGAAGAAGUAUCGAAGCUCAACUUCCUCGUGCCGUUGUUUGGCGAGAUUCUUGGCACAGCGAUACUGGUCUUCAUAGGCUGCGCCUCGUGCAUCCCAUGGAACGAUAUUCCUGCGAGCGUUCUUCAUAUAGCACUGACCUUUGGUCUUGCCGUAGCUAGUCUCGCAUAUGUACUUGGGCCAGUUUCUGGUUGCCACGUGAAUCCAGCUGUCACUGUAGGCCUCCUGGCUAGUGGCAAUUGCAGCAUACUCAAAGCACUAUGUUACAUCGUGGCUCAGUGCUGCGGAGGAAUCGCAGGCUCGGCCAUUCUUCGCGCGGUACUGCCAGACAAAUUCACCAAAAGCUUGGGCAUGACCGUGCUCAAUCCCGGCCUGAGCGCUGGACAGGGUGUCCUCGUGGAAGCCAUCAUUACCUUCCUGCUGGUGCUGGUCGUUCACGCCGUGACGGACUCGCGCCGGGACGACUGCAAAGGAUGGGCCCCCAUGGCCAUCGGUUUGAGCAUCGGCGUCGCCCACAUGGCCGUCGUCCCUCUGACCGGCAGCAGUAUGAAUCCAGCUAGAUCGCUGGGCCCGGCUGUGAUUGUAGGUAGCUGGCACUUGCAGUGGAUCUACUGGAUUGGACCCUGCCUCGGUGCUCUGCUAGCCGCAGUCGUCUACAAGCUGGGACUCCGAGCCAAGAGCAAAGAUGACGAAGCUUCUUACGAUUUUUAAUAUUUUCGAUUCGUCCGUUGUGAGUCGUGCGUUUAAUUGGGUGAGUGUGUGUGGUGUGUGUGUGUGUGUAAGUGUGUAUGCGCAAUUGUGAAAUUGUGUGCCGAUGCUGAGAAUUGUUCGACUGUAAGCGUGUCAUAUUUCGAUUUAAUGAUUUACGAUGUACGUGAUAAGCAAGCGUUACCUAGAUUAGAUGUGUCCGUAAAAUAUUUAUACUUACUGAUUAUUGCGCUGAUUUUUAUAUCUAUAUCUGUGUUAUAAGCAUAUAUUAUACAAUAUCAAUUCAACCAUAAGUUAAAAGCUGCAUUUUCAAAAAUAAUGAACAAUCAUUUAUUCGUACUUUAGUACUUGAUGUUGAACAUUUGUCAGAAAUCGAUUUACAAAUUUAAUAAAUUAAUUAUCAUUGUGAUCGCUAGAAUUUUUGGAUAAAGUAGCAGGACUACUUCGUACUAGAAAACGGAAGGAAAUUCAUCGUUAUGCUGUAAAAAAAUUUUAACAAAAAUUAUAUUUAUGUUGUAACAAUAAAUGU